GCGUAAUACUGCGGUGGCUAAAUAUAAACCCCGGCGUCGCGGCGCUGCCGCUGAGCGAAAUCUUCACGAGAUGAGCUUGCGGCAGUGGAGAGAAAAGGAGAGACCGAGAGAAAGAGAGAUGGAGUAAAGAGAGAGUAGGGGAGAUCCGAGAAGAAGAACUUUUGGCUACAGUCAGUGGGUCAGGGCGUCAAGUCGCAUUCCACCAGGGUACUACCUAAAAUCUCCAUCGGACAAAGACCGCUUCAACUCGCCGCGCGUAUUUUCAACGAUAUCGCCGUUCCUUCCGUCACUUCGAACCGAUUCGGCAUUUCUUCUUUCUACCUUCUCCCGUCGUUGAUCCCUCCAAAAAGUGGUGCGUGAUUGCAAGUACAAGUGGAGGUGUCUUCGCAACGGAACAAAGCGGUUCCCGUACAACAAAAAAUGGUGUGCGACGCCGCGGGUUCCGGGUGCCCGCCCGAGAUCGGAGAAGAAGACGUCUCCUUGAGGCGCGCCCUUGAAGAUCUUUUGAAAUGUAUGCUCAGGGUCUGGUGCAAGGAAGGCCAAGCAUUGACCACGCUCGGCGUCCCGCCACCCGAAAGCGACAAAAGAGUGAUCGUAAAAAGGGAGCCUGGGGGCGAGUUCGGGUUCCGGAUUCACGGCUCGAAGCCCGUCGUGGUAUCGGUAAUUGAGCCGGAUAUGCCGGCUGAGAGCUCCGGCCUCGAGGUGGGCGACAUCAUCAUAUCCGUAAACGGAAGAAGCGUCAUGGACGCGGUUCACUCGGAAGUCGUAAGGCUCGCGCAUUCGGGAACCGACAUCCUGGAGCUCGAGGUCGUGCGAACCUGCAACAUCCUGGCGCCCCAGGUCCCGAGGAGCGGUUCGAAGGACGGGCCAGCCGAGGCGCCUCUCUGCUCCGGGUACCUGUGGAGGAGGUCGACGACUUCGACGUCUUCGACGUCGGACAAAUGGGUCAGGAGAUGGUUCGCGUUACGCCGCGACAACUGCCUUUAUUGCUACAAGACUGAUGCGGAUUCACAGCCGGUAGGAGCAGUGAUGCUCCUAAAGUACGCGGUAACGCCAACCCCCGACGUCAGACCCCACAGCUUCGUCAUAACGAAACCCGGAGCGCCAACGUUGCACUUAGGAGCCGACGCCGAGGAAGCGGCCAGCCGUUGGGCGACGGUCAUAAAAGAAGCUGUCGAAAAGAACAACCAGGGCGACACCUGGUUGAACGCAUCGUUGAGGCUACAGCAGAUGCCUCCCUGCACGAUUCAGAGGCCGGACUGUUUCGGCUACCUCAGUAAGCAGCAGGGCGCUCAUACCAGGGAAUUCGGCUCGAGCUGGUCCCGCAGAUACUGCGUCCUCAAGGACGCCGUCCUCUACUUCUACGACGACGCCAACGCCGAACGCGCCUUCGGCAUCGCCUGUGUUCGCGGCUUUUCCGUUCACUGGGGUGCAUCCGGUUCCGCGGAGGGCAGGAAACACGCCUUCGAACUACAGCCGCCAGAUUCUACCCAAAAGAGUCACAUUUUCGCGACCGAAUCCGAAAUGGACAAAAAGAGGUGGAUAGCAGCGCUCGAAUACUCGAUUGACCGGUGGAUAAAGAUAGGUUGACGAGACAACUAGUCUAGCCUGGCUCGGCUUGUUCCACCGCGGCGAGCCGACCCGAUGUAACGAAAUAUCUUUGUCCCAGCAGCGACGAAUUUACCCAGCACAAAACUUCAUCAACGAUCGUCAAAUGCGACUAUAAUAUUUACCUUUCUUUCUUUUCACUUUUACUUCGUUCUCUUGUCGUGUUCUUGACGUUGUUAUUUUACUUAUGCGUCGUUUUUUAUUUAAAAAUGCAUUAUUCGUCAUUAUUAUUAUCAUUAUCCUCAACAUCAUCCGAGAUUAUUCUCACAAUGAUUAUUAUUAUUAUUAUUAUCAUUGCCAUUACUGUUAACGUUGUUAUUAUUAUUAUUAUUAUUAUCAUUAUUAUUAUCAUUACGAUUAUUAUUGCUGUUAUUACGAAGGCGUAUAAACAUAAAUACGAUAUUGUAUAGAGCCUUGCGUGCGUGUGCGGUGUAAGAAUGCGUGAGUAGUUGAAACGUGGCAUGCAUUGAGCGAAUAUCUCACGACGUAUGUGUUAAUGCGUGUAAUGUUGAUGUUGCAUAUGGGAACAUGAAAGGGAGAGAGAGAGGGAGAGAAAAAGAGAGAAAGAGCGAGAGAGCGACAGAGAGAGAGAGUGAGAGAAAAAGUAGAGGUGCAAAUGCUUUGUGGGACGUUCGAAGUAUGCGCGAGUGUAAUUGAAUAAUGAAUGCUUUUUUGUCGUCUUUUUUGUCAUUUUGUUUCCUCCUUAUUGACGUUGAAUAUAAGAAUUUAUAAUUGUAAUACAUAUAUAACGAGCACGCCCCCUUCCUCCCCUUCAGCAAAGGAACAAAAAAAAAAAAAACAGGAAAACAACCCAGAGGGCCGCAUUUAAAACUAACGUUUAUAAAACUUUACCUAUAAAAGAGAAAACUAUAAUCACGAACAGUUAUAAACAUAUUUACGUGUUGAUAGCAAGGAGUUCCGAUACGGAAUGAAUGCGCCAUACGGCUCGGGUGUAUGUAUACCAUAAAGGUACUUAACCCGUUUGCCAGACGCAAAUGCCAAAAGAAACAUAAGUCAUUCGCUCAAACAUUCAGAUAAUAAUAAAGACUUUAAUACCAGUUA